AUGGCCGCCUGCAUGGGAGAGUUGGAUAACUCCAACUACACUGCAGUUCUACUGCUUCAUGCAGUUCUGCUGGUCUGCCUGAUUGCGGUGGGGAUAUGGCUGAAGGUGCAGAACACCUUACAUUCUGUAGCGCACUACCUGGAGGACACGAAGCGCAGCAACGAUCUCUUGGUCGUAUGCUCCUGGGCGCCUCUCCUUGCCUAUUUGCUGCCGAUGCUGUUUCUGGGAGAUGCACAAGGCUUAUCGGACACCUUCAUGACGGUGAUCGGAUACUUUCUGCUGUAUGUGCCAGUGCUGGACUCCCCCUACACAACAGUAUCCGGUUACACCGCCUAUUCAUGUCUUGCUGGCUUCCGGAUUGUACGGUUGAGCUCACAGGGCAGCAUUCCUGUGUCGAAUUUCUUUACCCGAACGAUAGUGAUUGGCAUCGGCGGUAUGAUUGCGAUGCAUGUCCGGCUUCGGUAUCUGUCCAAGAGCCGAACUCCUCUGACACCUCAGACACUGGAGGUAGCCGGUUCAGAUCCCGGCGGCGGACACCACCAGGCGGAGGAGAUCUACAACCCGCUGCAUAGCCGGUUGCGGCAGAGACGCCCUUACCCCUCGCCUCUUCCUGACGAUUUGCUGGGCGGCGCCCGCGGACAGGAUGCAGCUCGCAUUGGCCUGGCUAUCCUGAGGCGGCGGCAACAGGACAAGUCGACAAUGAUCGGCCAGUUCCUUUGGGCGGUACAUCUGUUUCGCAAGCAGUGGCUGAGCCCAGACGUGCUCGCGCACAUCAUGGAUUUCCUUGACUGUUCAAGGUCGGUUACCAACUACGUGGGCUUGCUGAGAGAUGACAGCUCUUCACAGGUGUCCUCACGGCAAGAUAGAGAAAGCAGCACGCAUGCCACGUCGUCGCUGACAUCGGUAACAGCGUUGCAGCUUAGCCCGCUAUGA